AAAAAAAGAAAGAAGUAUGCCGAAGCUUUCCUCAUUUGUGGUCCUAAAUUGCAAAAGGAGCAACAAGAACAUGGUGAGCAAACAGAACGAGUUGCAAUGAGAUUGAUGAUAAUGGCCAGUUUGUUGGAGGACCAAUGUCCAGACACCUCGAUGGAACAGUACCACACCGCUUUGACUAUGUUGGAGGACCUCUCACCUCCAGUUGACUCGCGAAUAAUGGUGCGUUUGUUCGAUGCUAUACGAAAGGCAUACUGGAAGCGUCGCGUCUACACUGAAGCAUUGAACUUCGCUUUAAAAGCGCUUGAACUUUUUCAAACUGAAUUAUCGCACGGUCACCAAGGUCUUGGUCUGGCACAGCAGAAUGUCGGUCAUCUAUAUAGAGCGAUGGGUAAAAUGACCGAAGCUGCAGAAUACUUUAACGAGGGUCUCCUCGUACUUCAGUCUUUCUAUGGGAAUGAUCAUCAACUUGUAAAAAGUAUUAUGGCCGAUAUUGCUAGUCUCAGUCCUGAAGUGUUGGCUGAAAGACAGGCACGCUUUCUCGCGAAGAAAAGACAGGAAAAGGAGAUGCAAUUGAUAGCCAAAGAAUUAGUAAAAGGGUUACUUGAUGGAAAACUUGAUAAACCAUCAAGAAAAAGACGGUGUGUCGUUUUGUAGAGAAACACUGAGAAUUUCAUGUUUCCUGCUGUACCUCCGUUCUUGCAAAAUACCAAAUAAAGCUCUUCGCUAAAACAUACUGUUCAAAAUCAUUGGUCGAUAGACAUUCUAAAAAUGAAGAGAGUUUUCGAAAAAACUUUAGAGAAAGUUUUUCCUCUCAUAUCCUCGAUACUCGCAUAAAGAUUAUUUCAUUUAAUCGGUUGCCAUUCAACUAUCUUUAAGUAAGGGAAAGAUCUUUGAGAUUUGUUGAUAUGUAAGUCAUCUGAUGAAACUUUUUGAUUCGAGCCGACAUUGGUCAACCUCAGCUCGUGUUCACAACCCCUAGUCAAAAUACUUCAUUUAUCUCAUGUGGCUUUUCCCUGACCCAUUGUCAGUAUCGAUUUGAUAUGGAUUUUUUCUUCUUUCAAAAUUACCAUUUUAUCACGUUGAGAGUGAUCCAGUAUUGCCGGAAUGAUGAUGUUUUUCUCUUCAAAAUUUCCAAUUUCGGUUCGACUGGUAACCUGUGAUCAAAUAAUAUGUACAGGGAUUCCCAAAAUUAUAGAUCCUCCUCACAUACAUGAGCAAAGAUCCUUUUCCCAUUUUCAAAACAUGUACUAUAGAUCUAUUAAUAGUAAGUGUGCAUGCCAAUCUUCAAGCACUACUGAGUUCCAAUAUCUCUCAAUUUCAUCACUUGCUAUUCAAAGAAAAAAAUAGAGAAUACUGAAAAAUUGAUGUGCCAUACUUAUAGAUUUCCUUGUGACAUUAAAAAUUUACUCCACAUUGACGCCGCUUUGGAUGCGGGUGUGGGUGUGGGUGGAUGUGGGUGUGGGUGUGGGUGUGGGUGUGGGUGUGAGUGUGAGUGUAGGUGUGAGUGUGGGUGUGGGUGUGGGUGCUGAUGUGAGUGCAGGUGUGGCUGUGGGUGUGGACGGGGUGUCAAGAAGAUUGAGCCACACCCACACCCAUACCCAAGCAGUACGAGAUAUGGUAGCUUUUCAAUAGUGAAAUGAUGAAAUAUCUAGAAUUUGAGGCCAUGUCGGCAAUCAAAUAUUUCUUACAUGAGACAGUUCAAACUAUGUAUGCUUUUAAAUAAUGAGUAUAAUAAGAUGUGUUGUAAUUAACCCUAGUACUACCAGCCUGGGUCAUUUUUGACCCAUACGUAAAAAUGUGAAAAUACACUUAAAAUAUUUUGUUAUAUCCUGGUUUUUGGAAGCAACCGAUAUUCAGGAAGAUGAUGGGUCACGCUCCCUCUACUAGUAUCUCUUACAAAUUAAUGUGUUGUCGAAUCUAAAAAGAAGUAUUUGCUUUUUAUAUCAUUAGAAGUCUUCGAUACGAUAUCAUGUCUUCAAUAGGCAAUACUCAUACAAGAAGAAAGGAGAACAAGUUAAAUUUUCAAUGACUCAUUUACUAUUCUAACCAUUAAAAUUCAAUCUUUUAGAGUGGUUACCAGCUAUCCAAUUAGGAUGGUAGAUGAUUCAUUCAAUUAUGGAUGACUUGCCUCUCUUUUUUUUUCUUUUGAAGUUCUUAUUUAUUGAUCUUUUUUUUUCAUACUCAACUUUAUAUACCAAUUUAUUUUCUUUAGCUGAUAGUAGUUCAUCUAGUGCGUCUUUAUUUACAUCUCUUUUAUAGAUUGAAAUUUCUUUUUCAUAUACAAUCUGAAUAAACUGUUCAGAAUAUUAUAAAACAAUUAUGAACAGUUAGAUUGAAGAUGAAAGUGAUGGUGAAGAUUCUUAUGACCAAGGAAGUGCUUCGGAAACGCAAGACGCUGAAAGUCAAACAUCAGAAGAAGAUGAUGAAAUUGAUUUAGAAAAUCUUAAAUUAGACGACGAUUCUACUCCAAAAAGUUUAUAUAGUUCCAAAUCCGGAAUCACCUGGUCUUCAAUUCCGUAUCCUUCAAAGAAAGCAAAGUCUUCAAAUGAUACAAGUGAAAAGGCUGGACCUACCAAACUCACGGAAGAUGUAUCAUCUAUUCAAGAUGCAUUUAUUUGUUUUAUAUCGGAAAAAAUUAUACAAAAAAUUUUGAUUUAUUCUAAUAUGGAACGUACUCGAAAUAUCGCUUCCAAUGAAAAAUCAGAAGAUAUAACAAUGAUGGAACUAAAAGCUUUUAUUGGACUUUUCUUACUUGCUGGUUUAUUAGGAAAAUCGAAAAAAAACAUUAAAUCAUUAUGGAAAAGAAGUCCGUUGGAGUCUCCAAUAUUCAAAGCUACUAUGGGAAGAAGCCGUUUUGAAAAAAUUAUCUCCUGUUUAAGAUUCGAUGAUAAAACAACAAGAGAAGAAAGGAAAAAAACCGAUAAAUUUGCAGCAAUCCGUGAAAUCUGGUCAGAUUUCGAAGACAAUAUAAAAACAUGUUAUGUACCAGGACCUUAUGUUACGAUUGAUGAACAGCUAUUACCUUUUAGAGAAAAAUGUCCGUUUCGUCAAUUUAUUCUGAAAAAACCUGAUAAAUAUGGAUUGAAGUUUUGGUUAUGUGUUGAUGUACAAACAUAUUAUGUAUUCAAUGCAUUUCCUUACCUUGGACGACAACCAGAUCAAGAAAGACAAACAAAAAUAGGUGCCAGUGUUGUUUUAGAAUUGCUGAAACCACUAUAUGGUUCAAAUAGAAAUGUUACAAUUGAUAAAUUUUUUACAAGUGUUCAAUUAGCCAAAGAACUUCAAAUGAGGAACCUGACUCUUAUAGGAACAUUACGAAAAAAUAAACCAGAAAUACCUAUGGAAUUCCAGUCAAAUAAAAAUCGUGAGAUUGGUUCUUCACUAUUUGGUUUUCAAGAUGAUCUAACUUUAGUUUCAUUUGUACCCAAACAAAAUAAAGCUGUAUUAGUACUUUCCUCAAAACAUCAUGAUAAUCAAGUGGAUAUAAAAACUGGAAAGCCAAUUAUUAUUUUGGACUAUAAUAAAACAAAAGGAGCUGUCGAUACUGUCGAUCAAAUGUGUCAUAAAUAUACAGUGAAAAGAGGUACAAAGCGAUGGCCACUUUGUAUCUUUUUUGGAAUGAUAGAUAUUGGUGCUAUAAAUGCUCUGGUCAUAUGGAAGACGAAAAAUCCUCAAUGGAAUGAAAAUAAAAAAUAUCAACGUCGAUUAUUCCUGGAAGAAUUAGGAUUAAAUAUUGAACACGCAUUAGCUAUUGUCGGUUAUCCUAUGGUGAAAAAUCUACCAGAACCAAAUGGAAAUUCUACACAAUCAAAAAAACGAAAACGAUGUUCGAUUUGUGAAGAUCCAAAGGAUAAAAAAACUUCAAUUCAAUGUUCUCGUUGUUCCAAAUUUGUUUGUAAUGAACAUUCUGUAAAAAUCAUUUAUUGUGCUAACUGUGCCAAAUAA